AUGGAUGAGUCAAAGGGCUAUGACAUUUCGAAAAGAGGGUUGCCUCGGGCGUUCAACAAGGACAAAGCACCGCUACCUCUGCUUCUAACCCGACCUCUUCCAACACCCCCCCUGGCUGCCACUGCUUCGGCACCGGCCAGGUCCUACGCCAACGCCACGAAAAAGUCCGCGACGGACUCUACCGCCGCUCCCGUCACCGUGGGUGGCUCGGCGCAACAUGGGAAGUCGACUUCAGCAUCUCCUGUGAACGGCAACCCCAUGCAAACCCAACAACCCCAGCAGCCCGCCUCGGGUGUGACCAUUGUCAAUGGCGCCCCAACUGCUCCCGCGGCUGCGACAACUGCUUCCCAGGGUGAUCACUCUCGCAAGCCCUCCGUAACCAUCACAUCCGCUGGUACUUCCGGCUAUAUGCCCAACGGUGGCUCGGCCAGUCGCCCACAGAGCCUUCAGUUUGGCUUCGCCAACCCUCAAAGCUCGCCUAACAUGGGAAACCCCGCCGUUCUCGCCAACAACCAGUCGCAGUCUGGUCUGGGUGCUCCUUCGGCAAACCCGCGUGUGACCUCGCCUCAGACUUCUCCUUCGCCCAUUCCCCAGCCCGCCUCCAGUGGUGGCCGUCCCCCAUCCACCUACCAGGGACAAGGAAACGUUCCCAACUUCGGCAGCUUCGGCGAGUCUGGUGAUAACAACAUGCGCCCAUCCUUACAGGCACCCCUCGGCCCGGGUCCUCAGCACCUCCGACGCGAAUCCUCCCAGUCUACCCACAGCGAUAUGAGCAACCACAUGGGCAGCGGCCCCGGACGUGGUGGAUACCCUCACCAAGGUGGACGCGGUCGCGGAUACUCCCAGUCAGGCUAUCAAGGCCAGAUGCCAUACUCUCCUGGACCCAACUUCCGCCAGACUCCCAACCAGCCUCGCGGUGGUCCCAACAUGGGCCCUCAGUUCCACGGUGGUCCUAACCAGGCACGUCCGUUGGCCCCUUUCCCGAACUCGCCUCACCAAGCGAACCGCAGCCCGGCCCUCGCCAAUGCGCACCCAACCACUCCCCAGAUGAACCCAGUGCCCAUGGCCGGUCAGAUGCCUCCCCAGCCGUAUGGCGCCUAUGGCCAGCACAUGGGUCCCCAAACAGUGAGAUCCCACAAUUCCUCUCGUUCCAACACCCAUAAACCCGCCCGGCGUGGCAGUAACCAAAAACGAGGACAUCCCCGUGUCUUCUCGGCCAAUUUUACUCCUCCAGAUCUCCGGCCUGAAGCCGGCAAUUGGGAACAUAUUCUAACAUUGGUCAAAUCACAUCAGGCUCCCUACCCUCCCUACGAUCCCAACUACGGCUACUACAACCCCGGAUAUGGCAUGCAACAGCAAUACAUGCCUCCCUCGCCCCAACCCCGUCCCGGCAUGCCCUUCAACCCCCAGGCUGGUUUCAUGCCAGGCCAAUAUCCCGUUCAGCCGCCGCAGGCUGCUCUCUUUUCCCGCACUCCUUCUCAAGUCUCUACUGACCGUCCAGGCUCGAGCCUUGGCCAGCCAGCUCAGGCUGGCCCCGGUCACGCUCACACUGCCAGCAGAUCCUCUAACAGCCCCGCCCCUGCGAAGUCACACUUUGUUCUUCCCUCCAAGAAGAGCGCGAUUGUUAUCAAGGAUCCUGGCAGCGGUGCGGUCAAGACAUUCGACAAGAACCCCGCUUCCCCUGCCCGUGCUACUCCUUCCCCCGUGAAGAUUGCCACUCCCACCUCGACCCCUCCCCCACGCACCGCCAGCGCGUCGGAUCACAGCCGAACUGAGAGCAAGGCCAGCACUGCCAAGACCGAUGAGGAGAAGAAGCAGGAGUUGAAGGAUGCUGUCCGUCAGAAGAUUCAAGAAGAUGAGGCCGCACAGAAGCGUGCGGCCGAGGAAGCCGCUCGCAAGGAUACCAAGGAGGCUGAGCCCGCGAAGCCCAAGGAGGAGAGCGCUGAUCCCUCCGCUGCUCUGGAGAAGCUGACUUUGAACGACAAGUCUGCCCCGGCCGAAGAGCCCAAGAAGGCUGACGCCCCUGCUCCCGCUCCCGCUCCCGCUGCCCCUGCCGCCCCUGCCGCCCCUGCCGAUGACGAUGAGAUCGAUUUCGAUGCCAUCGAGCGUGAGAUGGCCGAGAUUGAGGCCAAGGAACGUGCUGCUGAGGAGGACUACAACCGCAAAAAGCAGGAGAAGAAGGAGGCUGCCGAGCGCAAGGAGCGCGAGGACCUGGAAAACUACGAGAAGAAUAUGAAGCAGGCUGAGCGCGAGGCUGAGGAGCGCGAGCUCGCUAAGGAAGCCGCUCGUGCCAAGGGCGAAACUGUCACCACUGACGAUGAUUCCAGCCGCAAGGAGCGCGAGGACCUUUUCGCGUCUCUCAAGAAGGGUGGCUUCGCUGCCACUGAGGCAUCAACCCCCGGCGACAGCGGCGCCGCCACACCUGUUUCGUCGGAUAUCGCUACCGCUAAGAAGCCCGCUGCGCUGAAGCUCGAUACUCCCAAGGCCACCGAGCCUGCUCAACCAAGCGCUGCUAUGAAGUCCCUACAGAACGCCCAGUUCUUGAAGGACCUCAGCAAGAUCACCUAUCCCGAGUCCGUCACUGCGCCUAACCUCGCCCUGAACGCCAACUCCCCAGUUGGUCGCCAGUUCCACUAUGACCGUGACUUCCUGCUGCAAUUCCAGGCCGCAUACAAGGACAAGCCGUCCAUUGACUGGGAUAACACUGUUCGGGAAACUCUUGGAGACCCCUCCGACUCCUCUCGUCCUCAGUCUGCCCGCCCUGGUCCUGGCGGCCUGGGUCCACGUGGUAGCUCGCGUGGCGGUGCAAUGGGUGUAUUCACAAAUCCUGGCAUGGGCCAGUUCAAUGCCCCCGGUAGCCGUAACAGCAUGCCCCCCGUCAACACCCCUAUGGGCGGCCGCAACGGCCCCUUCGCUUUCCCCCGUACCGGAGGUAUCGGCGCUCCUGGCAUGAGCCGCAACAACUCUUCUGGCAUGCCUUCUCCCCGUGUCGCUUCCAGCAAGGGUGGUCGCAAUGCCAGCAAGAAGCACCCCGGAAAGAAGGAGGAGGAGCAGAACAAAUCUAUGCCUUUGACUGCCGGUAUGGAUCUCAAGGCUAUCCAGACUACUGCCACUGCGUCGGUCAGGCUCCUUCCGGCCCCUACUCCUGCUGGCAGCGAGGGCCACAUGGCUCCCGAUGUUGUGCAGCGUAAGGUUAAGGCUGCUCUCAACAAGAUGACUCCCGAGAAGUUUGACCGUAUCGCUGAACAAAUUUUGGUCAUUGUCUCUCAGUCCAAGGAUGAGUCCGACGGCCGCACUCUCCGCCAAGUCAUCCAACUCACCUUCGAGAAGGCUACUGACGAGGCUCACUGGGCUCCCAUGUAUGCUAAGUUCUGCAAGGCUAUGCUCGAGAGCAUGAGUCUGGAAAUCAAGGAUGAGAACAUCCGUGACAAGAACGGCAACGUUGUUGCUGGUGGUAACUUGUUCCGCAAGUACUUGCUCAACCGUUGUCAAGAGGAGUUCGAGCGUGGCUGGAAGGUCAACCUGCCCGAGAAGCCCAAGGGUACCAGCGAGGAGGUUGCAAUGCUGUCCGAUGAGUACUAUAUUGCUGCUGCCGCCAAGCGUCGUGGUCUUGGUCUCGUCAAGUUCAUUGGUGAGCUUUACAAGCUUGGUAUGUUGACAGAGCGUAUCAUGCACGAGUGUGUGAAGAAGCUGGUUGACUACGAUGGCAUUCCCGAUGAGGCCGAGGUUGAGUCUCUGACCAGCCUUCUGCGCACCAUCGGUUCCAGCCUGGAUGCCUCUGAGAAGGGUCACGCCAUGAUGGAUGCCUACUUCGCUCGCAUCACUAUGAUGAUGGAGACUGUCGGUCUGCCUAGCCGUCUUAGGUUCAUGCUUUUGGAUAUCAUUGAUCUGCGUUCCAAGCGUUGGCAGUCCAAGGACUCCGACAAGGGUCCUAAGACUAUCCAACAGAUUCGCGAGGAGGCUGCCCGUGCUGCACAAGAGCAGGAGAUGGAGCGUCAGCGCCAGCAGUCUAACCGCGGCGGUGGUGGUGGUGGACGGAUGGCCAUGGGCCGUGGAGAUGUCCGCUACGGUCAACAAGCCCCGCCUCCAGACUAUGCUUCCAGCAAGGUCGGUAGUGACGAUCUUCGCCGUCUGCGCGCUACUCGCAACCCCAACCAGCCUAUGUCUUUCGGUCCCUCCAGCCUACUUGGAUCCCGUAGCAACAGCGGCCGCAAGAACCUGGGCCCUGGUGGCAACCUGGUCCGCGCCAGCGAUGACAGUGCUGCUUCGAGCCGCAGCGCCAGCCAAGCUGGAAAGAAGGAGGACGCCUCUUCAUCCAUGAACGCUUUCAGUGCCCUCGCCGCCCUGGAAGACAAGGACAACAUGGCCACAUCACCUCCCUCCAACCCUACCUCCCCCAUGCUCACCAAGACCCAGCCCGCCACCGCCGAGCGCCGGCCAUCUAAAACACCGUCCAAGGACGGCGAGAACGCAGCAUAG